AUGGGGUCCUGGCUCUCUCUAUGGAAUGUUGUGGGGCCCGUGUGGAAUAUGCUCCUCGAAGUUGCGCAAUUCUGGAGAGAUAAUCUAUUUUCAUGGUGGUUUUCCAAAUCUCCUAGAGACCGACUCUUUGACACGCUAGCCAAUUCGCAAAGCUAUGAGGAGUGGGAAGAGGCAGCAUUCCAGCUCGAUGAGCUAUUAAGUAAAGACCUAUGGCGCCAGAACCCAGUCAGCCGACACUACGACUACCGACUGAUACUCGGCCGUCUAGAAGCACUAAUGAGCGCACGAGAGUCCGAAGACAUCCUUACACUAGUAAACCUGCUUCGCUCGGGGCUAGUACGAAACCUAGGCAACAUAACCAGCACCAAACUGUUUACGCACGCGUACGCAGGGACAAAGCUUCUGAUCGACGACUAUAUAACGCAAGUGGCACUGUCAAUCCAGUAUGUCACAUCGAUACCAGGGGACCCGAUGCACCCGGGCGGGUUCAACUCGCAAGCGAAGCUGGAGCUGCUGCACGAUACGCGACAGGCGUUUGGGCGGACGACGCUGCUGUUGCAGGGCGGGUCUGCGUUCGGGCUGUGCCAUUUAGGCGUGGUCAAGGCGCUGCAUUUGCAGGGUCUGCUGCCGCGAAUCAUCACUGGCACUGCGUCUGGGGCGAUGAUUGCUGCGCUUGUCGGGAUUCAUUCUGAGGAUGAGCUGCUUCCAUUGCUUGAUGGAGCGGGGAUUGAUCUAUCUGCUUUCGAAAGGCGGAAGAAGGCUAAUGGCAGCGGAGAGGGGAACUCUGAUUCGAGCUGGUUGGGCACGUUUUAUCGUCGGAUGAAGCGGUUGGCUAGGAACGGGUAUCUUUUUGAUGUUGCUGUUUUGGAGGAGUGUGUUCGGGCUAAUGUUGGGGAUCUUACGUUCGAAGAGGCGUAUGCGAGGUCGAAGCGCAUUCUGAACAUCACAGUGGCGACGACGGGGAAAAAUGGGACACCUAACCUGCUGAAUUAUUUGACUGCGCCGAAUGUGCUUAUCUGGUCUGCGGCCGUAGCAUCCAAUGCCUCUGCCUCCACAGCCCUAUACUCGCCAGUCACGAUAUACUGUAAAGACGAAACAGGCACCAUCGUGCCAUGGCCACACACACAGGACGCAGUUUUCCAACCCUGGCGACACGUGCACUACAACGAAGGCGAAUCCCCACUCUCACGGAUCUCCGAACUCUUUAACGUGAACCACUUCAUCGUCUCCCAAGCCCGACCAUACCUAGUUCCAUUCCUACGCUCCGAACUCAAUCUACUAGACCGACGACAGACAGGCUGGAACAAUCUCACCCGCUCGACAAUGCGUCUAGUAAUCGUCGAACUCCGCCACCGCCUCCGUCAACUCGACUACCUAGGCGUGCUACCCGCCUCACUGAGCCGAAUUCUCAUCGACGAGACCAUCCCAGGACCAAACCUGACCUUAGUACCCGACCUGUGUUUCUGGGACCUGACGAAACUAUUCCAGAGUCCGACCAAGGAGCGAGUUGCCGAGUGGUCGUUGAAGGGCGAGAGGGGUGUGUGGCCGGCUAUUAGUGCUCUGAAAGUUCGGGAGGCUGUGGAGAUUGAGCUUGAUAGGGCGUAUCAGCUUGUGAGACGGCGCAGGCCGAGUGAUGCUUCUAUCUCUGCGCCUGUGAUUAAGCAGGCUGCUAUGAAUGAGGGUGUGGCUAGACGUAGGAGGGGAAGUGAGAAUGAGGAGGGGAUUCUCGCUGAUCGAGAGUGA